AUGGUCACCACUGUGAACGCGCCCUCCAGGUGGAGCGGCAAACGACAGAAUGUCUUCAAGUCCGUUUUUGACACGGACAUCUCGCAGCCCACCCCAUACUCGACACCAUCUCAAAGGUUCACCUCACAGGGAGAGCCAUUCGGCGCUCUGCCGCCACCGUCACCAUCACCAUCACACCAGCAAUCGCCGUCGCGCGCCCGCUUCCCUAGCAGUAUCAAACUUUCGGAUCUUCAGAGCUCGCCUCCCUCAACUCGCUCGCAUGCUCCUUCUUCCCACCAGAAUAGCGAUCAGGUUAGGUGGGAUCGAGCAUGGCAUGUGGUGACGGCUCGUAUCCAGCUGCCCCCAUCGGUGGCCGCUGAGGACUCAUUCGGCACCCUGGCUCCUGAGUCUCAGGACUACGAUGCGGACUUCUACGACAGUCUUAGUCUAGUCCUCCAUCCAGGGAAGCAUGCCCAGCACGCCACCACCACCGAGGACAUCCUCUCCUGGCAUACCCAGCAGGUUCGCCACCACUUUGCCCAACAUGUCCUCCCCCUGCUAUCUGCAUGCAAUACCUACGGUGACCAGGCCCAGGUGCUCCUCGGAAGUAUCCAUACACUGGAAGCGGCUCACCGCCAGUAUCUGUAUGGUCUAUCCCUUAUCGUGCGGGGCUUAGACAACAAGCGUGCAGACAUCGCCGUCGACAAGUUCCGGCGUGAUCUACACGCAGUCAUCGGCAACUCCAUGUCACAGGCGCUUAUGGAAUCCCUUCGAGCUGUCUUGGGCCGCUUGACGAGGGUGGUUUUGGGUAUGCAGGCCCGGUCUUCCUCCGGGACAACUCGGGGAACCAACCUGCAAGGGGAGAUCCAGGCAGCAGCAUCAGCACCAACACCAGCGCCAGCGGCGGCAGCGCGGCAAGAACUGCUGCAGUUGAUUGAGGCGCUGCACAAAGUGGGACUUGCUGGAAAGAGAUUCCAGGUCCUGUUCGCAGAGCUGAUGGAUUCCAUGAUGAUUGAGCAUGUAAAAACAUCAUUCGCUGGCGUUUGGACGCAGCCAAAAGCAGAUGGCGGGAAGGAUGCUCCGCGCGCCUCGUCGGGUUCUCGUGCGACAAAGCUCGGCACACCUUCACGCUGCAUCGCAACAUUGUGCGAUUGGGUCGAGAAUCAAUACUCGCGGCUAGCCGUCGAAGUUUUUGCUCGCCUUGGCAGCGGGGAUAUCGCUUGGACCGACGUCGAAAAGUGGAAGGAGAUUGCAAUCGGACGCUUGGCUGUCAUGCGCAUCCAUGAGCUCUUCGACAUUGUCCUGCAGUGGCCUGAGAGCAAAGGAGCUCUGGAUGACCUCCGCAUGGCCAUCACCACACCUCAAAGACGGUUACAAUUGACGGACACGUUUUCGGCAGCACUGCAGAAACGGUUGUUGCACCCAGGAAGGUCGACGCUCGACAUACUCCGUGUGUACAUCUCCAUGAUCCGAACAUUCCAUGCCCUGGACCAUUCCAAAGUGCUCCUAGACCGAGUCGUGCAUUCGCUCCAGCUUUACUUGUGCCAGAGAGACGAUGCCAUCCCCAUCGUUGUUACGGGGCUCCUAUCCAGCCCGGAUGAUAUUCACACCGAAGCAGGCAAAACAAAGCUCGUUGAGCUGGCUGUGUUACUCAAUGAUCCCUCGCAACAAAGGCGCCCUGCUACGGACGAAGAAGAGCUGGACUGGGAUGAUAUGGAAUGGAUUCCCGAUCCUGUGGAUGCCGGUGUGAAUUACAAGCGUCCCAAGUCGGAAGAUGUCAUUGGCACACUCAUCAAUGCGUUGGGCUCGCAGGAUAUCUUUAUCAAGGAGUUCCAGAACAUCAUUGCAGAGAGACUGUUGUCCACCCAGGUCGAGUUCGUCCAAGAGAUUCGGGUGCUCAAUCUACUCAAGAAGCGGUUUGGAGAUAAUGCCUUGCAAAACUGCGAUGUCAUGAUCAAGGAUAUCCAAGACUCGAAGAGAGUCGAUUCCAUCAUUUCCAAGACGGUCAGGACAGGCUACAUUGGUGGGCCUGUCCGGAAGUCCAAGGAGCUCCCGUCGUACCAUACCAAGAUUCUUUCUCGGCUCUUCUGGCCGACGAUGGACCGGGAGCACUUUAUCCUUCCACGAACCGUCGCGGAGGUGCAAGGGCAUUACGAUGGCGAGUUCGAGCGUCUGAAGUCUUCUCGCAAGCUGACAUGGCUCAACAACCUCGGAAAUGCCACUGUCAACCUCGAGCUGGAAGACAGGACCGUCGAGAAGGAGUGCAAGACGUAUGAGGCCGUCGUCAUCUACGCUUUUCAGGAAGACGAAGCCUACAAUGGACCGCUUCCCGUGCGCCGCACUGUGGAUCAGCUCGAAGAGAUGCUCCAGAUGGAUGACGAUCUCAUACGGUCUGCCAUCUCCUUCUGGGUCAGCCAGCGUGUCCUUCGUGAGAUGGAGCCGGGCAGCUAUGUUGUUCUCGAGAAGCUGGAUGAAGAUGUCAACAGCGGGGCCAACCCCGCCGUACCUGGUCCGGACGAGGCCCUUGCCCCUGAGUCGGGUGGUCUCUCGCCCAAGAAGCCCAACGCACUAGAUGCUAAGGAGCAGGAGCGGCGACAGGUCUACUGGCAGUUCAUUGUCGGCAUGCUCACGAACUCGAGUCCGGCGAUGCCGCUGGGCCAGAUUGCCAUGAUGAUGAAGAUGUUGAUCGCCGAUGGGUUCCCCUGGAGCAACGAGGAGUUGCAGGAAUUUCUUGCGGAGAAGAUGGCAGAGGAAGAGCUGGAAUUGGUGGGCGGCAAAUACCGGCUGCUCAAGAAAUGA